GCCGCACCGUAACGCAUCGCGCAUGCACUCGCUCGGCAUCGGUACGCACUACGCGCUUAUACCGACCCUAAUACGAAUAGGAACCUUAUCAGGUCCUCAUCGGAACAUAGUGAUCUAGUGUGAAAACUGUAAUAUGUCCGUCUAGUGGUCGUCCGGGAUGUGUCGGACGUUGGUGGUGUUCGCGGGCUGCGGGCGCUGCUGAUGGCGGUGGCAGGCGCGCGGCCCGGCAGGAUGCUGGCUGAGGAGGGCCGCACGAGGGCCACGGACUUCUCCAUCGCGGCUAUCAUGGCGCGCAGUGCCGCGGAGCCCCGGAGCCCGGGCGCGAGUUCGCCCACACACAACGGUGUGUCGUCGCGGCAGAGCUCACCAGCGUCAUUGAGUUCUGCGGCAUCCAGUUGCCGCAGCCCGGCGCCGGACGAAGACGUCGAGGUUGACGUGGAACAGUGCUCGGAUGGUGAGCGCGACGCAUCCGACCACGCUGCACCCUCGCCCGCUCCCUCUUCAGAGUUGGGCGAGAGAGACACGCCGUCUCCGGCAAGACCUUUGCCGGCCACUUCUUGUAAUUGCGAGGAGCUGCUGACUGUGGACUGUCAGCUCGAGACAAAGGAACUGUGGGACAAGUUCCACGAUCUCGGCACUGAAAUGAUCAUCACCAAGACUGGCAGACGCAUGUUCCCGACAGUGCGCGUGUCAUUCGCGGGAUGUCGGGCGGAGGCGCGAUACGCCGUACUUCUAGACGUGGUACCGGUGGACGGCAAGCGGUACCGCUACGCCUACCACCGCUCUUCGUGGCUGGUGGCCGGCAAAGCGGACCCGCCCGCGCCCGCACGUCUCUACCCGCACCCCGACUCACCCUUCGCCGGCGAUCAGCUACGCAAACAAGUCGUAUCUUUCGAGAAGGUCAAGCUUACCAACAACGAAAUGGAUAAAAAUGGACAGAUCGUCUUGAACUCAAUGCAUCGUUACCAGCCUCGCAUCCACCUGGUGAAGAUGCGGGAGGGCGGAGGACUUAUAACGGACCUGUCACGCGAGCAGCACAGGACCUUCGUGUUCCCAGAGACGGUGUUCACCGCCGUCACCGCCUACCAGAACCAGCUCAUCACCAAGCUUAAGAUAGACUCCAAUCCAUUCGCCAAAGGAUUCAGAGAUUCCUCGCGGCUUACUGAUUUCGACAGAGACCCAAUGGAGCUGAUGCUGAUGGAACAGCAGCUGCUACGAUCUCCGCUGCGGUUGUACUCGGGCGGUGCAGGGACAGGUAGCGCCGCGGAGGAAGAGGAGAAGCGGGCGGCCUGGGCGCGCACACCGCCUGCUUUGCAGCUGCUCGCGCUUGGCGGACGCGCCUGGCCCGCCUGGCCGCAACCUCUUACCCUGCCUCCAGAUCUCUGGAUGCAGAAACCCCCCGCCCCGCUAAGGUACUGCCCAUACCCGCCGCCGGCACACCCACGACCAGAUCACUCGCCUUCCCCCAGACAUCCUCUGUGAACUAUGAAAAGACAUUAGCCGGGACUGGAUAUAAAUUAUUAAAAGAAGAAUGAACUAUAUGAAGUGAAAGUGCUGUGACUAUAUUGUGUGUCCAUAUCCAAUUGGCAUCUGUGUACAUGACUUUUGGAUGUGGUAUCCUACAAGUAUUAAUAUAUUAUAUUUAACGUAGAUUACGUAGCGAUGUAAUAGAAAAUUGUUAUUGAUUUAAAUAAUAGUAACUUAAGGUGUAAUUUCAAUGUUCCUACCCAAGAAAAUAAUAAUUUUAAUUGUAUAGUUAGAUCAAUUUAAACAAUAGUUACCUGGUUCAUGAUCCUUAACCUUGGGAAUUACUUGAAUAUAACUAUACAUAAAUAACUUGCUAUAAUUUACACGAAUACAUAAUAAACUUCGUACAAUGAAGAUUAUAAUUAACCAAAGAAUAAUCAUUUUACUAACAAUUUUUACAAAACUGAUAUUAAUGUGUGAAAAGUGCUGUAUUAUAACUCGAAAACAUGAUUUACAUAACUAUUUUAC